AAUCAGAUAUGUGCAUUAGCACCGACAAGAAGCCGUACUUUGUCGAUUAGAUCUAAUAAUAUCCUCGAGAUAAAUAUUUUUUCGUAAAUGUUACACUUUUCCCCCAAAAUGCUUUAGCUUGGUAGGUUUUGUUCGUUAUAGCUAUGUGUUCGUCUAAGAUCAGCUACAGAACCAUUUUAACAAUACGCUUGUUUAGUUGGCUAGCUAGCUUGUGGCUAGCAUUAGCCAGCUAACGUUAGCUAGUUAAACUAGCGAGAUUUUAAAAUACUUGACAGUUUAUUGUGGGACCAUUUCGCUUAUAAUAGUUGUUUGAAUCAUUCUAACAACGGUUUGAUAGCCAUGUCUGGAAAGUCAUCGGGCUGUGGAUUUCUUAUGUCGGUUGUUGUUCACGGAGACUCGGCUCUGAACGAGCAGGAAAAUGAGCUCAACCACCGACUGAAGCGGCUCUAUCCAGCCGUAAACGAACUUGAAAACCCGCUUCCUCAUUCCUGGAGUCCGAAGGACAAAUUCAGUUACAUUGGCCUCUCUCAGAACAACCUUCGAGUGCACUAUAAAGGUCAUGGAAAGACUCCUAAAGAUGCAGCGUCCGUACGAGCCACUCAUCCCAUCCCAGCCGCCUGCGGGGUCUACUACUUUGAGGUGAAAAUCAUCAGUAAAGGCCGAGAUGGGUACAUGGGUAUCGGCCUCUCGGCUCAAGGUGUCAACAUGAACAGACUCCCUGGUUGGGACAAACACUCGUAUGGUUACCACGGAGACGAUGGCCACUCCUUCUGCUCCUCCGGCACGGGGCAGCCCUACGGCCCCACGUUCACCACGGGUGACGUGAUUGGCUGCUGUGUCAACCUCAUCAACAACACGUGCUUCUACACAAAGAAUGGCCACAGCUUAGGAAUAGCCUUUAUAGAUCUACCGCUCAACAUGUACCCCACAGUGGGGCUGCAGACCCCUGGGGAGGUUGUGGACUCCAACUUUGGCCAGCACCCGUUUGUGUUUGACAUCGAUGACUACAUGCGCGAGUGGAGGACCAAGAUCCAGGCCCAGAUCGACAGAUUCCCGAUAGGGGACAGGGAGGGAGAGUGGCAGUCCAUGAUCCAGAAAAUGGUGGCAUCCUACCUGGUCCACCAUAGUUACUGUGUCACAGCCAAAGCCUUUGCCAAAUCCACCAACCAGGCUGUGCACGAGGAGCUGAUCUCCAUCAAAAACAGACAGAAGAUCCAGAAGCUGGUGUUGUCAGGCAGAAUGGGAGAGGCCAUCAAGAACACCCAACAGCUGUACCCCAGCCUAUUGGAAAGGAACCCUGACCUGUUAUUCAUGCUGAAGGUGAGACAGUUCAUCGAGAUGGUGAACGGGACUGACAGCGAAGUGCGCUGCCUGGGAGGCUGCAAUCCCAAGUCCCAGGACAGCUACCCGGGCCCGCCCCCCCCCUUCAGCAGCCACAGCCACAAAGCCAGCAGCUCCCAGGCCUACCUCACAGGGUUCGACGGCGGCUGCUGCAAUGGGGUGACCUCCAGUAUGGUCCACCCCGCCCUCCCCGCAACCGAGGUCAACGCCCUCAAUGGCAGCCACAGCCUGCAGCAGCUUAACACCAGUACUGAUGUGGACAUGAAGGUAGACCACUUCACCAACGGAGUUACUGAGUCCUCCUCUAAUGGCUUCCUCCUCAAUGCCACCUCCAAACACGGAGCCCAGACCGAGGACUGUGACGCAGACAUGGAGUUGGAAUCGGCCCAGUCCAAGAGGCAGCUGUGCGGGGGAAGCCAGGCGGCCAUCGAGAGGAUGAUCCACUUUGGCCGGGAGCUUCAGAGCAUGAGUGAGCACAAACGCCGCGAGUGCGGCAAGAACUCGGCCAACAAGAAGAUGCUCAAGGAUGCAUUCAGUCUGCUGGCCUACUCAGACCCGUGGACUAGCCCAGUGGGCUACCAGCUGGACUCUAUCCAGAGGGAACCUGUGUGUUCCACACUCAACAGUGCAAUACUAGAGACUCAUAACCUGCCAAAGCAGCCCCCUCUGGCCAAGGCUGUGGGACAGGCCACUCAGUGCCUGUCCAUCAUGGCACACUCCGGAAGUGGCUCCUGCGCUUUCGCUGCUGUGGACGAUUACCUGCACUAGCCACACAGACAUACACAGGUCCCCCACCUCCACCCUGACACAAACUCAAUCUGGAUCCCUCCACUCCCCUGACUAGCCUGCAUUCAGAUUCUCCAACCUACCCAUGGUGUGCACUCAUUCACUCCACCUAAUGCAUUUAAAAGCAUUGGAUUAGUGUAUGCCUGGAGGGAAGUGUACGAAUGCACACUUUGGGAAAGGGUGGAGAAUCGGCAUGGUGCAGUCACACAAGCGUGCCCACAUUAUUUUGGUUGAUAGGGGGAGGAGGGAAAUGGCAAAGACUAUUAAAUUAUCCACCCUGAUCUGUGUGACCAUGGCAAACUGUGCAGGCAGCCUAGUCUCAUAGACUAGACGUAACAUAGUAAAGUAAAUCCGGAACACUCAAAUUAAUAUGAUAUGUUAUGUUUGGUAUGGUUACAUAAGACAGACGGUUACUUAAGGCAAAAACAAAAGUUGGUCGGGGUGGAUGGUUGGGCGUCAAGCAACCCAAAGGUUGCGAUUUCGAAUCUGAUCACGGAUUGUAGUUAAUUAGCAACUUUUCAACUACUUACUGCUUUUUAGCUACUUUGCAAAUACUUAGUGUGUUAGCUAACCGUUCCACUAACCCUUUUAGCUAACCCUAACCAUUUAACCUAACCUUAACCUUAACCCCUUACCCUAACAUUA